AGUAUAAUCAGAGGAGAAAAGAAUACAUCCAACAAAAGAAUAAAGAACGCUAUUCAAAAAGCCAGGGAAUUAAUACAACUUUUGUUCCACCGCAAAAGAUUAAUACAACCAGCGAGGUUCACGAAAUUAAUACAACUGAUGAAUUAAUACAAGCCAGGAGAGAAAUUAUUAAUACAACUGAAACGGCUAACCCGGAAAGAAAAUCCAGCGGAGAAACUAAACCGAACCAAUUAAUCCAACCCAAUAGUCUCUGGUCUGAUUAUUAUCCAGUUAAAAAGCCUACUUGUGCUUCUUGUUUGCAAGCAGGCAUAAAAGAAAACGAAUAUCAUUUUUGUAGCGAGGAACUAGUUCAGGCCGGAAUUUACCAGUGUCAAGUUAAGCAUUGGGUUAAAUUCUAUCAUGACUCUCAUAUGAAGAAAUGUGAUUGUUCUCGUCAAUAUAUUAUAGACUUUUUAAAUAAUUUAAGUGAAGAAAGCAAAGUAGAUGAUGUGAUAAAAGAACUAUUUAAAUUUCUCUUUGGGGCUUCCCCGAAUCAAAUUACAUCUGAGGAUGUGGAGAUGAUGAAAAAAAAACUUCGAUUGCCACUCCAUUGGGGAGGGCCAUCAAUACAUGGAGGACUAUUGUCUUAUACCAAAAAAACACUAAGCGAAAAGGUAAUUAACCAAAUAAAACAUCUUCCUCGUUAUCAUAAUUUGAAUUCAGAACAGAAAAAACUUGUUGAUAAAUUGAUUCGUAAUGGAGAAUUAAAUUUACAUAAUUCUCAAAAUAUCACAACUGAUUUUUUACAAGAAAUUACUAACUAUAAAUUACUUGAUUAUGACAAUAUUGUAAAUUGUUAUGGAAUUUCUCGUGAAUCAGAGAACGAAUUUUACCAAGAAUAUAUCAAUGAAACAACAGAAUACAAUGAAUCAUUUUCGAUGCUUAAUGAUUCACCACUCUAUUCAUAUGAAAUUCAUCCUUCGGCAAUUUAUACUAGCCGCUUAUUAGAUUUUAAAAACCUCCCUAAACCUCAGAAUUCUAAAGAAAUAAACGAAUGGUUUUACUCUCAAUCAAAGAAUGAAAUUUCAGUCGACACAAAAUUAUUAAAUUUUAUUGAAAAAGCACAAAAAAACAAUCUUACGAGUGUUUUUACUAAUCUUGAACUUUCUGAAAAAAAAGUUUUCCCUGAAGAUGCUGCUUACUGUAAAUGGUUAAAAGAUGAAAUCAAGAUGAAUCCUGAGGAAUUCUUAAAUGAAAACAAUAAAGAAGAACUAUAUGAAUUAUUUCAAGAAUACGAAAAGCAACAAUUCCAGGCUCAAAUACUCUUCAAAGAACACUAA